AUGUCCAGCGCUUCGAGCUUCUUCGAGGAACGACUCGCUCUCGUAGUCGGAGGCGGCGGGGGAAUCGGCAGAUGUGUGAGUCUCGCUUUCGCCAAGAAAGGCUGCCGAGUCAUUGUGGCUGGAAGGAACUUGGACAGAGUUGAGGACGUUGCCAAGUCCCUGCCGGGUAAUGGACAUGAAGCACUCCAGGUAGAUGUGGGCCAAUCGAAGUCUGUGGCUCUGCUCUUCGAGAAUGUCUCCAGGCUGUGUUCUCGGCCUGCAAGCAUCGUGGUUAACUGCGUCGGCAUUCCAAACAUUAUGACCCCAAUUGUUGAUAUGUCGGAAGAGAUGUUUGAUAAUAUCAUCCGAGUAAAUCUAAAGGGCACGUUCCUGAUAACCCAAGCAGCGGCGCGGGCUAUGACUGCAGGAAACGUUCGCGAUGGGGCCAUCGUGAACAUUUCAAGCUUCGUGUCAAAGCUGUGCCUUCCCUACCGCGCCGCAUACGCAGCGUCCAAAGCUGGGCUGGAGGCAUUCACCAAAGUGGCGGCAAAGGAGCUCGCCUCGCAGGGCAUCCGUGUCAACAGCGUCCUGCCUGCACUCACGACCACGCCCAUCUCCGGAGCGAAUAGAAAGCCCGACGAAAGAAAGAGGAUGGUGGAGCUCAUUCCUCUAAAGAGAGUCAGCCGCCCAGAAGAGGUGGCUGACGUCAUCGUAUUCCUCUGUGGUCCCGGAAGCUCUUUCAUGACGGGCGCCGCUGUGGACAUCGCGGGCGGGCUGUAGCUCACGCGCUUCACCGAUGCCUCUUAGAUG